CAAUAAUCAGACACCAUCUGACACCGUGGUAGCUAGCGCUCCAGUCAGUGAACGCUGUGUGCUGCGUUGAUAUUGCGUAGCUGUGCAGUGCAUGUAUGAAGGAACUGUGUUAGGAGCUGUGUAAUACACACACUCGAGCACCCGCAGCUCGGGAGCCGCAACCACAUCGGUGUUUUUUUCUGCUGUUUAUUUGGAGCUAAACUCACAUCGUCGUCAUACUUACCAGACUGUUGUUUUAUUUAUUUUUCAAUGUGUUUGAUUAUUUUUUAAAGACACGGAGCAUCGGGUUCUUUCUUUCUUUCUUUCUUUCUUUCUUUCUUUCUUUCUUUCUUUCUUCAUUGAAGCAUUUCUUUUUAAAAUAUGACCAGAGACAGAUCGGCAACGUUUCCAAACGAUCGGGAAUUGCGAUCCUAUUUUUGCAAGAAGGAAUCGCCGAAUAAGAAGAAAAACUGAAUUAUAUUAAAACAUAUAUAAUAGUAUAAUAACAGGAGUAAAAUAAACGACCGGAAAGGAGAGAGCGUGAGACAGAGUGAGAGAGAGAGCAGCGAUGAUGAAUAUCAAUGGCCUGGAUCUGCAAAACGUCAGCGCUUGGCUUGUCAGUCUGUGUACUACAGUGCUAUAGUGACUGUACAAUGUUUGAAGCAUGGUCCUACCUGCAAUAGCCCAGUUGAAUAUUUCAUAUAAAGGUUUAUUGUUAUAAUAUCAAUAUGUAUUAUAUGAAAAAGACAUGAUUAUUGAUUAAACCAUAGGGAGCAUUUUUUUUUUUUUACUGAAACUGUUUUCAUAUUUUUUAUAGGUAAUAAUUUUUUUAGAGGGGGUUGAAAAAAGAAAGUAGCCUACCGUAUAGCAAGUAGGGUAUAACUUGUCGAUACCAUAGUGUAUAUGCCAUUAAAAAAAACAAAAAAAAAAACAAAAAAAAAAAAACAUGGAAAUGACAGCAGAAUCAACCAAUUUCAGUGGGAAAUUCAACAACCGUUACGAGAAUAAAAACUCCUGGGGACCCAGUCGUAAUGGCUACAUAAAGACCUGUGUCACGCCAUUAAAAAGGGACCCUGAAUGCCAGAUGUGGGGGGCAUUAAUGCUGAAGAGAAUCUGGAGUUCCUGGAAAGUCUCGUCCGCGGUGUGCGUCGGCUCUCUCUCGGUUCUGUUGGCUUUGAAGUUUGUGAACGGGGAAAUCGAGUACAGCAGCAGCAACAGGGGCAAGGUGCCGGACUCGCCGGUGCCCCACUCUCUCUCGGGGUGCGCGGCGGAGCUCCUGGUAGCUUGGUGGCACUCGGCGGCGCCCCUGUUCUCACUGGUAUGUGCGUUCUUCUGGGUUGGCUUGUACCUAACACGCUGCGGGGUCAUGCUAAAAACUGCGCUUUUCCUCCUGACGGUCUGCCACCUGGGAGAAGCGGCUGCCCAGCUCUUGCUCUUCGGCUCGGAGGAUCAGUUGCUCUCUUUCACGGCAACGCUGGUGGUACUGGCCUGCUUGGCAACCGGGGCACUGCUGAGAGUGAAACUGAAGCAGGGUCUUUCUGUCAUCGUCUUUAUCAGCCUGGUCAGGACCCUUUCUCUGAUCUCGCUGAAUAAAGUCCGGGACGGUUGUAGACCCUACCUGGCGUACCUGGUUGGGGUGCUGGGCUUCCUUCUUGCGAGGUAUACAGACCAGCUAUUGCCGAGCCCGGGCCAGCACGAAGAGGGCUGUACUUCCCUGACGGGGGCAAAGGAGCACAUCCCUGUAUUUAAAAGGAGAAGGAGAUCCAGCUCUGUAAUUUCAUCAGACAUGGCGAACAGUCAGUCCAGCAGCAGCAGAUCACACAGAAGGACUUCGUUGCCAUGCAUUCAGAGGGAUCAGUCGGAGUGGGACCACAAGCGCGGCUCAAGAGGAUCCCAGUACUCUGGAACCACAGUCACGGUGGACAUCGCUGUCAUGGGGGAGGCUCACGGGCUCAUCACAGACCUGCUGGCAGACCCCUCGCUCCCUCCCAACACCUGCUCCUCCCUGAGAGCCGUCAGCAACCUGCUGAGCACACAGCUCACUUUCCAGCCUGUCCACCGGCCCCGCAUCAACCCGUUGGGGUCCUUCAACGAGAACUACACCUGCUCCGACUCCGAAGAGGGGCCUGAGCGCGGCGAUAAGCUGGCCAUCCCCAAGCGUCUGAGGAGAAGUCUGCCCCCGGGUCUGCUGAGACGGAUUUCAUCCACGUGGACGACCACGACGUCAGCCACAGGCCUGCCGACCAUUGAGCCGGGGCCGGUGAGGAGAGACCGCAGCGGCAGCAUCAAACCAGUCCAUGAAGCCGCCACGAGCAGCACAGCUAACAGUGACCCCUGGAACAACUCAAUCAUGCUGACGAUAAACAAGAGCCGGUCCCUCUCUGCCUCGUACGCUGCCCCCAGUGCCAACCACCUGAACGCCAAGAGGCAGAGCAGACCAGGUUGUCCGCCUUCCAACAUCUCACCUCUCACCUCCCCGUGCAAUUCACCCAUCCAGGGGACCCCGGCCAGUAGCCCCACCAGCAAACACUCCUCUGUCGAGUUCCCCGACACGACGGACCCUGCCCUGAUCACCCAGCACAAAGCCUUACCCUCCACUCAGAGCUCCUCGGACCCCCUGGGGCCGCACAGGGACCCCUCGGCACUCUGUAGUAGCUGUGGAAGAUCAUUCAGCAAAAUAAACCGCAGUGAAGGCAGUCUGGACAGAGCGGAGACACCCACACAUUCAAUUAACAGGACAGAGGACCCUGCUCAAGCGACGUCGGACUACGACAGCACCCACGAAACCAACAACAGCGACAGCAGCGACAUCGCCCAGAACGAGGACCAUCCUGAGUGUUCCAAAGCACAGGGCGAGCCCAGGGAAGGGUCUGUCUGCAGAUCGUACAGACCAGACACCCUCAUCUUGCACCCCUUGAUGCCACCCGAGGACAAGCCCAUUCUAGCUGCAGAGCCCUUGGUGAUGGAACACCUUCACCCCAUCAUGGAGCAGCUGAACAACUGGAACUUCCCCAUCUUCGACCUGGUGGAGAGGACCGGGGGAAAGUGUGGCUGCAUCCUGAGCCAGGUAUCCUACAAGCUCUUUGAAGACACAGGGCUUUUCGAAACGUUUAAGAUCCCGGUCAGAGAGUUCAUUAAUUACUUUCAUGCGCUGGAGAAUGGAUACAGAGACAUACCUUAUCACAACAGAAUCCAUGCCACUGAUGUUCUGCAUGCAGUCUGGUACCUCACAACCCAGCAGAUUCCUGGACUCCCCAGUGCACUCAAUGACCACGGCUCUGUCAGCGAUUCAGACUCGGACAGUGGUAUCACUCACGGUCAUAUGGGAUAUGUUGUAUCAAAAACGUACAGUGCUACAGAAGACCAUUACGGCUGCCUGUCUGCUAACAUCCCUGCCCUGGAGCUGAUGGCGCUGUACGUUGCUGCAGCCAUGCAUGAUUACGAUCACCCAGGAAGAACAAACGCCUUUCUGGUGGCCACCAGUGCCCCUCAGGCUGUGUUGUACAACGACCGGUCAGUGCUGGAGAACCACCACGCCGCGUCCGGCUGGAAUCUGUUCAUGUCUCGGCCGGAGUACAACUUCCUUGUGAACCUGGACCACGCGGAGUUCAAGCGUUUCCGCUUCCUCGUCAUAGAGGCCAUCCUGGCCACGGAUCUCAAGAAACACUUUGAUUUUCUGUCCGCUUUCAAUUCCAAGGUAAAUGAAGACAUUGGGCCUGGCAUCGACUGGUCCAAUGAAAAUGACCGCUUGCUCGUGUGCCAAAUGUGUAUUAAACUGGCCGACAUCAACGGCCCUGCGAAGUGCAAAGACCUCCAUCUGCAGUGGACCGAGGGGAUCGUGAAUGAGUUUUAUGAACAGGGGGAUGAGGAGUCGAGCUUGGGCCUUCCCACCAGCCCCUUCAUGGACCGCUCAGCCCCGCAGCUGGCCAAGCUGCAGGAGUCCUUCAUCACCCACAUCGUGGGGCCGCUCUGCAGCUCCUACAACUCAGCGGGCCUCAUGCCUGGGCGCUGGGUGGAGGGAGCCCAGGGCGAGGAGGAGGAGGAGGAGGAGGAGGAGGUGGGGGCGAGGGACAGUGACGACAACGAGGAGGAUGAAGACAUGACAGAGGAAGACACCUCCGACAGCUCAGAGGCAUCACGGAAAGGGGGUGGCAAGAAAAGGAGGAAAAUCUACUGCCAGAUCACCCAGCACCUGCUGGAGAACCAUGAGAUGUGGAAGAAGGUGAUUGAGGAAGAGCAGAGGGCAGAGGAGGAGGAGCAGGAGAAGCACAGUGCAGAAGAGCCGACGAGAGAACCCAUCUUGGCAAUCACAGAGGAGGAGGAAGAGGGGGCCAAGGAGGAGAGGGGAGGGGAGGGAGAAGGAUCCAGAGGGAGUGGCACAACUGAGGCUCAAGAGCCAUGCACACACUGACAAGGAAACAGGGAUUACCUGCAGAGACUGGCUGUGCACGGACUCCUGUUAUUUUACCAGCACAUCACUUAGACACAACACUGUAGAUGUUUCAGGAUAAUGUGCCUAAAGAAAUGGGGAAUGGGGGGUUACUUUUUUAAAUUUUUUUGUAAAAAUUGGAAAGUAAUAAAUAAGGUCAGGUACAGAACGUGGACUUAACCUUCCGUUUGAGGAAGCUUCCACACCAGUCACACAAAGGACUUUCCAAAAAAAGAGAGAAACGUGAGAAGGAUGUUGAAGACUGGUGUGUAUGUAGUGUACUUCAGUGUCCAUUUUUUUUUGUAAAACACACACACAUAGUGGAGGCUGACAAACAAUGUAACACAGUGCUUGCAAAGCACUUUGUGUAGAAUUCGCUGGAGAGUCUCUAGGUACAGAUUUUUGUAGCUUUCAUUCCAUCGUAUGAAUGGGGUGAAAAAAAAUGUUUUAAAAGAUUUUAACCAAUAUGCUUUGUGGAUUUCGUUUAGUGCACACGAACAAGCACUGUAGGCAUCUUCACGUGUUCUUGUUUCCAUGCUAGGAGUUAUUGCUGAUACCAAUGACAGCAUUGUGUUGUAAAUAUAUGAGGAAGAUUUGUUUUAUUCAGUUUCUUCAGCUCCAGUAGACUAUAAAAGCAAAGUUGUUGUUUUUUGUUGUUUUUUUUCUUCUAAAUAUUUCAUUUUGUAUUAUUAUUAUUUUUCAAUUUCAGCCAUGUUCAUAAAUAACAAUAUAAAGUUCAGGACUUUUAUUAAAAAACAAAAACAAAAAAAAAACAACAACAUUUGUCAGGAAAGUAUGGAUAACCAGGUCUCCAGAAAUUCUUUAGUUCUAGUAAUUCUGGUACUUUGUUAACAGGGUUCCAGCUUUUAAAUGAUUUCAAAUCUGGGCUACAUAUCCCCAGCCCUCAAUGAGCACUCACUGAGCUAGAGGCUAGAUUUUAAUGUGACCCAAUUCCUUGAAUAUUGACUCUUCAAGAUACAAGUCCAAACAGGUUACAGCUGUGCACCAUUAAUCUGUGUAUAUAUAGUGAUUCCAAGAGUUCUGAAGACAGGGCUUUUUACUGAGUCGUUCUACCAAAGCUACAAACUGAGGCACAGGGUUCCCAUUAGAAAAGAUGUUUUGGUAGACUUUGGUGUUCAUGCUUUAGGAUAUACACAGGACUUGACACAGUCAUAGGCAACAGGAGAACAGCAGUUGGCAGCACUCUGAACUAGCAAGCUUGUAAACCAUAGAGAAGAUAGCACUGAACUGGGCUGCACCCAUAUGACAGAAUGACUGUAGCAUAGUUCUGCAGCUUGCAUUCUUAUUAUAGUGCAGCAAUCUAGUAACUAGAAAGCAACCCUGAUUCAAACACGGUUCUCAACAACAACACAGCUGUGUAGUGCAAGGGGACAGGAGAUUUUUGCUUGUUCUGUUGCCCGACAGUGGAGCUCAAGCUCAGAUGUAGGGUACAUCGGUAUAAUGAAGGUACUAUUAAAAUACUGUGAUAAUUCACCUCACUGCAGAUUCAGGGACCACCUAACCGCUAAAGGGAAGAAAUGCAGUGCCCAGUGCCGCAGAGGUGUUCUCACUGUGCUACCGUUAAGGUGUGACUCCAUUCGUUAAUGCAGCACACAGCAGUACUUCAAUGGUACGCAGUGGGGUCUUUCUGUGUACCUCCCCCUCUGUGGUGUGUGAGUAACAACUAUACAAACCUGGGAAAGGAGGGAGGAUUUAAAGCCUAAUAAAAGGGAGUCGUUUUACUUCUAAUUAGCUCUUCAGAGAUUUGAGACAGGAGCACAGGUUAAAGGAGUUACCAUAUUGGUAACGUUCUUAAAAAAAAAAAGUAUGGGAUUUAAAAAUAAAAUGAAACAAGAUUUUUUUUUUCUUUUUUCUGUAGCAUUACAAAAGCAAUAUCGUCCAAUUUCUUUGAAACAAAACAAACACACCUUUGCUGUCCAGUAUUUCAGGUUUUACAAAUGAAGGGUUACGAGGACAGCUUUGUAUUUCAUUUUAAAGGGACUAUUAAAAAGGCUUUUAAACAAGGGGGAAAAAAUAAGAUAAACGUGCCAAAAAUGUUCCAGAUACCUUGGAAAUUAGUAAAAGAUUUUUUAUUUGUAUUUUUGGUUUUUGGUUUUGUUAUAAAUUACAAUUGCUAUGAAUUGCAAUUGGGUAUUUACGGGUUUAUAUUUGAAUACGGCUUUCAACUUCAGUGUUUUAGCUGAUAUGGGUGAUGUAAUGUUUUCUCUGGGCAAGGUGUUGUUUUUGUGAAAGGCUGAGGGGUAACAUUGGACUAAAACUCUCUGACUAAAACACCACAGGUCAAAGAUAGAGCACCAUGGAGACUGGGCUACAGUGUAAAAGGGUCACCCAGAUGAACAGAGUUAUUCAGUGUCCAUGUGUAUCUUAAAAUGACAGUCAGGCAAAUCAUUUAAAAUCCUUCAUUUUGUAUUAUUAUUCACUGAUACCCCACCAAACUGAAUAAAAUAACGCAUCUCGCUGUGGAAUCAAUAGGAUUUGCUGUAGAAGCAGUUGAAUUUAAUACCAAGCAUAUUAAACAUUUGACGAGGCAGUGUGCUCCAUGUUAUUCUUGGUUGUUGUAUUCAAACCACCUGUCCAUUCUCUAUUAAUCCGUUGGCUUCAUAUAGAUCAUCUGGUACUCUGGAUAAUGCGUGGUGUAUGUUUUUGUUGGUCAAGUAGUGAAAAUUGAAAGCCAUCGGUGUAACAGUAAAAUGAUUAUAAAAUAUUUAUUGGACUUAGCCACAGCAAGUGGGUUAAAUUAACUGGGAUUUUAUUACAAACGGACUGAUGGCAAAUGAAAAAAGUAGCGUAUGAUCUCCAUAACUCUAAGUUCUGCUUGGGUCAGUGCCCAAGUCUAUUGCAAAGAAUGGGAACUUGCCUCAUUUCACAGCAAAGUCAUGACAGCUCCCAUAGAGAUACUGGGAACCCAGCCUUUCCUUUACCAGAGAACUGUGCAUCAAGCAGCUCAGGAGGAAUGGGAGAGGACGAUCCACACAGCCCUCACCUGCUGUGGCUCCUCUGUUGAUACAACGGGGUUUAUUUUAAUCAUCAGACAGUGGCAGAUCUUUAUACCAUCGCACUAUCACGGACCUCCAGUGCACCGUCACCUGUACUGAUCCACGGUAUCUUUAUUGGAAGGGUCAAUAAAUCAGCUGCAAUUAUUACAGAGUUAAAAUAUCUGCCACAGUUUAGAUCAUUAAAUGAACCCCAGUAACUCCAAAAAAAAGUGAAGACAUGGUGGCAUAAACUGUGCAGAGCCGCUGUGCAGAGAAUAACAUUACGCAGACACUGUGUGUGCUGCCAGAGGAGCUGCUGGGAAUGAGGCUGUUCCUGUUAAGAUCACAUCAGAGUUUGUUGUAAUGAGGCUGUUCCUGUUAAGAUCACAUCAGAGUUUGCUGUAAUGCGGCUGUUCCUGUUAAGAUCACAUUAGAGUUUGUUGUAUGGGGGGGGGGGGUGAUGAUUUAAUUGGUUGACCUCGGUAGUCAGAACUUAAAAGACUUUUCUGUCUUUGAUGUCAGCUAUGAAGUUAUGAAUGCACUGUAUAAAAGAGGAAGCCACAGUCAUUGCUUACGUGUUGGCCCUUCCUCAUGUCUAGUGUAACUCAUUGCUGAAAGUUAAAAAUCAAGCCUAUCUGCUAGGUUACCUGAAGCUAUUGUACUUUAGCAGUAUGCGAACAGUAUGUGCAUAUUUGUGUAGGACAGUCGUUCAGUUAUGCACACAAUUCAUGAGGUUGUGUACACAAGCUAAGACUCGUUUCUGCUUGUAGAUUUAUAUCUGAAUGCAAAGCAAAUUCACUAACAGAGAGCCAACAAAAACAUUUAUUUAAUUAACAAAUGACUGCCUUGUUCAUAAAUGUUAUUAUGCCCUUAUGUUUCAAGUGAAAUGAUGAUACAUUGAUUUCAAAUAUCCGCACUGACAUUCUCUGCAGCACUGGAAACAAAAACAAGAAUCACAGUGCUGACCAUAUGCACUGAUCAUUGAAAAACCUUUACAUUACAAUAAUGAGACUAUUGUAAAACUGUGAUAUUACCCAAUAUCUGAUGUGACCUUAACAGGGUUUGACAGGAUUGCAUACCCUGUAUCAUCACAGGCUUAAUGUCCCACAGGACUCAAGUGAAAUCUGUGCUUACGAUGUGAAUCUGUUGUUCACGAGAUGAUUUAUGUUAUAUUGCUUUUACAUGUUUUACAUUUUUUUAAACCGUUACCUUCAUCUCCUGCUCCACACACAUUCUAUGGAAUUUGACAUGAAGAUGCACUACUUAAACUUGCUUUCUAGAGUAGACAAAGCAGAAUUUUUCACAGCGCUGUGCAAAACAAUCAACAAUUUCUUUAGUAUAUACCAGUGAAGCCUCCCACUGAUUCAUUGCAAAAAUAUCCAUUGCACACAUAUUAAACUGCAAACCAGUACACACACCCACCCACCCACCCACCUGCACACACACACGCACGCACACCCACAUGCACGCACGCACACACACACACACCCACCCACCUGCACGCACACCCACACGCACGCACGCACACACACACCCACCCACCUGCACACACACACGCACGCACACCCACAUGCACGCACGCACACACACACCCACCAACCUGCACACACACACGCACGCACACCCACACGCACGCACGCACACACACACACCCACCCACCUGCACACACACACGCACGCACGCACACACACCCACCCACCUGCACACACACACGCACGCACACCCACACGCACGCACACACACACACCCACCCACCUGCACACACACACGCACGCACGCACACACACACGCACGCACACACCCACCUGCACACACACACGCACGCACACACACGCACGCACACACACGCACGCACACACACACACACACACACACACGCCCACACAUACACACCCACCCACCUGCACACACACACGCCCACACACCCACACGCACACACUCACGCACACACACACGCACGCACACACACACACACACACACACACACCCACGCACACACACACACACCCACCCACCUGCACACACACACGCCCGCACACCCACACGCACACACACACACACAGGGACGCUAAUACGAUAUGGUGUUGAAUGUAUUAUUCAUAUGAAUUCAACACGAUUUAAAAAAUGAAUAAGGUAUUUACAUUGUUCUUAAUGGAAAGUGUUAUUUUUAAGUGAAAACAAACUGAGACUGAUUAAAUCAAGUUAUAUAUA